AUGAAAGCCGUGGUGCUGACCUUGGCUGUGCUCUUCCUCACGGGGAGCCAGGCUCGGCAUUUCUGGCAGCAAGAUGACCCCCAGUCACCUUGGGAUCGAGUCAAGGAUUUAGUUACCGUGUACGUGGAUGCAGUCAAAGACGGCGGCAGAGAGUAUGUGGCCCAGUUUGAAGCCUCCGCCUUGGGAAAACAGCUGAACCUGAAACUCCUAGACAACUGGGACACCUUGGGCAGCACGGUCACCAAGCUGCGCGAGCAGAUCGGCCCGGUCACCCAGGAGUUCUGGGAUAACCUGGAGAAGGAGACGGAGGUGCUGAGGCAGGAGAUGAGCAAGGAUCUGGAGGAGGUGAAGCAGAAGGUGCAGCCCUACCUGGACGACUUCCAGAAAAAGUUGCAAGAGGAGGUGGAGCUGUACCGCCAGAAGGUGGCGCCGCUGGGCACGGAGCUGCGCGAGGGCGCGCGCCAGAAGCUGCAGGAGCUGCACGAGAAGCUGAGCCCGCUGGGCGAGGAGCUGCGCGACCGCGCGCGCACCCACGUGGACGCGCUGCGCGCGCAGCUGGCCCCCUACAGCGACGAGCUGCGCGAGCGCCUGGCCGCGCGGCUGCAGGCGCUCAAGGAGAGCGGCGGCGCCAGCCUGGCCGAGUACCACGCCAAGGCCAGCGAGCACCUGAGCACGCUCAGCGAGAAGGCCAAGCCCGCGCUGGAGGACCUCCGCCAGGGCCUGCUGCCCGUGCUGGAGAGCUUCAAGGUCGGCUUAAUGGCCAUCGUCGACGAGGCCACCAAGAAGCUGAACGCUCAGUGA